GGGGGGUUCCAUUCGGUAUUCAGCCAUUCUUAAAUCCCAAAUUUCCCAUUCGCCGUCUUCCUUCUUCCCUUCCCAAGUUCGCAGUUCGCAAGUCGCAACUUCGCCGGCAGCCGGCACUCCCUGACUCCCAGUCCCAAUUCCCUUCAGCUCUUCCCUUCCCAGUUCCCUUCCCACUUCGCAGUUCGCACACAGUCGGCGACGGCGAGUUCGAACUUCCUGUUCCAGAUCGACAAAUUUAGUCUUCCCCUUCGGACUUCGGCUUCCACCUUCCCAACUUCGCAGCUCGCACUCUCGCAGACUCGCAGUACUCCUUCGGACCUUACGUCCUUCAGGACUUGUCUACAUGGACAACAAUUGGAAUGGGUGAGGAGAAGGUUGGCCUAUAUCAAUUACUGCAAAGACCCUUGAGGAUGUACUGGAUGAGCUUGCCACUCAAGCUCUGCUCUGCAAUUUGGAUUCCCAAUGUCCCUCUCUCAUUACCUCAAAUCAGUCUGCUGCUUGAAAGGCUCCAGCAUUGCCAUCACCAACACAUAUGGACAAUGGACAAUGAGAUUGGGGGGUGCAGAUACCAAAAUUCUUUUGAGAAUGUUAAAAAUUGAAAUUUGCAGGACCAACACACAGUAAAAGAGGAAAGAUUUGUUCAAUUCAUGCUCGAACAACGUUAUAUUUGAUAUGCAGGAAUAGAAUAAAAUGGACUCUUCCCUCAUCUCCUUUCAUCUCAACUCUCUCUGAUACUCUUCUCUCUCUCUCCCUUGACAUUCUUUCAUCCUUUUCUCCUCU